UCAUUGUUGACCACGCCCUUAUCUGAAGCGCAGUUUCACACAGUUCGCAAGGUAGAAAGUAAACAAGUUAGCAAAGGGCUCUUCGUUUUAUAAUUGAGUCCGCAUUCAUUUUUUACACAUUUAAUUUCGUUUCCCUUUAGGGACAAAGGAAGCCAAAUGGGGAUCUUGUACUCAGAGCCCAUGUGUCAGGCAGCUUAUGACGAUGACAUCCACAAGUUGCAAAAACUGAUCUCAGCUGAUCCCAGAAAUGUAAAUGUUCAAGAUGAUGGAACAGGAGACACACCAAUCAUAGCCGCCUGUAGACAAGGAAACCUCAGGACUGUCAAAUACCUUCUAGUUUGCAAUGCAAAUGUGUCUAUUAGAAAUAAGAAAGAAAGGACUUGUUUGCACUAUGCUACAAGAAGAACAUUUUCCUUCCUGGACUACCUGAUGAUUGCCAUUUUAAUGCCUAUCUUGUUAAUUGGUUAUCUUAUAAUGGAAGAGAAGCAAAGAAAAAGUGUGAAAUUGAUGGAGCUUCUGUUGGCCACUAAGGUUGACGUAAAUGCUAUAGACUAUAAGGGGAACACUGGACUUCACUAUGCGUGCCAAAGAAAAAGUCAAAGGAUCAUUCCAUUGUUAUUAGAGAAAAGUGCAGAUGUUUCAGUACAGAAUAAAAAUCAUGAAACCCCGCUAGAUAUCGCAAAGAGAUUACAAUUCCACAAAAUUGUUACAAUGUUAACAAAAUCAAUGUGAGUAUUAAUAGAGGACAUGAGAGAAGAGAUGUUUCAUGUGCAGCAGCAUUGUGGGGUCCUUUACAAUUCACCAUCUGAGUUUUAGAUGGGUUUUUACCAAGUGUCAAUUUUUUACACUUUUUGCACCACAAAUUGUUACACUUAAUGUUAGAAAAAUACAUUUCUCAGAUGAAAGAUGUAUUUAAGCAUAUUUGAUUUAGUUUUUUAUUUGAUUACUCCUAUUUGUAUUGUUGAUUUUCUUAUAUACAUUGAUCAUUUAAUAUAGUAUAUAUGUAUAUAUUUUGUUUUACAUGUUUUACGGAGCAUUGAUUUCAAAAAGGCAGCUGGGCCAGAUGGACUUGAUCCUGGUUUGUUAAAAAUGGCAGCAGAAAUUAUAGUGAAACCACUCACUUAUAUCUUUAACCUGUCCGUUUGCACAGAUACAGUGCCUAUUUCGUGGAAGCAAGCUUACGUCACACCAUUACUAAAAUCUGGGGAUCCAUGUGAUGCAAAUAAUUAUAGACCUAUCUCAAAUCUCUCGGUUUUAGCUAAGGUUUUGGAGAUUUUAGUGUCUGAUCAAUUAAAAACUUUUCUGGUUUCACAAAAUAUUCUUAAUAAAAUGCAAUCUGGUUUUAGAUCUGGUCACAGCACAGUUUCUGCCUGCUUAAAAGUUAUUGAUGAUAUAAAAGCGGCAAUUGAUAAAAAGUUAUUCUGGUUUCACAGCUAUCUCUCUGAACGGAUGCAAAUUGUAAGACAUGGGAAUGUAACAUCUGACCCUGUCGUCCUAAAAAAGGGUGUCCCACAAGGAUCAGUUUUAGGUCCUUCGCUUUUUAUCAUCUAUAUAAAUAAUGUUUGUAGUGAAUUUAAAUACUCACAGUAUCAUUUGUAUGCCGAUGACACAAUUAUGUAUUCGUGUGCCUCUACACCUGAGACUGCCUGUGCGAACUUGCAGUCAGAUUUCGCCUCAUUACAAUCCGCCUUGUUUGAUUUGAAGCUACUUUUAAAUGCAAAAAAAGACAAAGGCAAUGGUAUUUGCCCCCGUAGGUACUAAAGUCCCAGUUCUUGCUAUUAAGACACUCCAAGAUGAAGCUAUUGAACUUGUUGAUACUUACAAGUAUUUGGGUAUCUGGCUUGAUAAAGGUUUUACCUUUAAAAAACACAUUGAAGUUCUCGCUAUGAAACUUAAAUUUACUCUGGCAUUCUUAUAUAGAUUAAAAUCUUGCUUUUUAGGACUAUAAGAAAAAGACUGGUUGCAGGACUAUUCAUGUCUCAGAUAGAUUAUGGGGAUAUCAUCUAUCAAUUUGCUUGUCCAUCUACUCUGUCAAUACUAGACCCUCUUUAUCAUGCGGCUCUCAGGUUCAUUACAAAUGCUGGCUAUCAGACACAUCAUUGCAUCUUAUACAAUAUGGUAAAUUGGCCGUCACUUAAAUCGCACAGGAUGCGACAUUGGCACAUUUUUAUUUAUAAAGUGAUUUUAGGUAUCUUGUCGUCUUAUAUUUGCUUAAAAUGUUCGUACCCAAAGUACAUAUCAAUUAAGAUCUAGUGAUGUACUCCUUUUUAAGGUACCAAGAAUGAGGACAGAAGCAGGAAAGAGGGUUCUGUCUUACUAUGGUCCUUCGUCCUGGAAUGAACUCCAGUCUAGACUUAAGAUUGGUGCGCUAAUUUCCUUAGCUGCUUUUAAAAAAAGAAUAUCUGAUAUGCGGACGGACAUGUGUAACUGUUUUAAUUAAUGGUGGUGGAUAUUGACUUCUAGCCCCUGUUUCGUAUGUUUACAUAUUUUAAACUCAUUGCAUCUUCACAUGCAAAUAUUCUGUAAAUUUUGUGUAAAUCUGCUUUGUAUUUUAUAUUGUAAUUUAUUGUCUUGCAACAUAUGAUUGAACGUGUUAUACAGGACUCCCUUGUAAAAGAGACUGUAUCUCAAUGGGACUUUUCCUGUUUAAAUAAAGGUUUUAUAUAU